AUGGCUUUCCGCAGACGGGGAAGCGGCGACUCAAAUUUCAGUCAUCACGAUGAGUUGGAACUUGAAGCCGGAAACAGAGAAACUCUUCGAAGAGACGCAGAAAGGCAAGCCGCUUUGCAACUUGAGAGAGCCAAGUACAAACCCGUCGCGUUUGCCGUGUGUACAAAUGUAGAAUACGAUGGAAGUGUGGACGAUGAUUCACCUGUACAUGGAUGUGCUGUUUCUUUCAAAGUCAAAGAUUUUCUGCAUGUCAAAGAGAAAUAUAACAAUGAUUGGUGGAUUGGUAGGCUCGUCAAAGAAGGACAUGAUUUAGGCUUUAUCCCAUCUCCGGUUAAAUUGGAAUCAUUGAGACAGCAAACGGCAAAAUCAGGAAAAUUCAAGCAAUCCACAUCUGCUACUAAUCUCGGUGCAUUGGACAAUAUGAUGCCAAGAAGUGGAUCACGAGGAUCCACUCCACCGACGCCUGAUGAUGACGAAUACAAUGCAAAACGAAUGACCAACAUCGUCACAACACCCCCAACCAAAGAAAAAAAGAAAUUGAUAUUCAAGAAAGUUCAACAAGAGAAUGUUCCUCCGUAUGAUGUCGUUCCAUCAAUGAGACCAGUCGUUCUGGUAGGACCAUCUUUGAAAGGAUAUGAAGUGACUGAUAUGAUGCAAAAAGCUGUUUUUGAUUAUCUGAAACAUAGAUUUGAAGGAAGAAUAAUCAUAACAAGGGUGACAGCUGAUAUCUCUCUUGCAAAAAGAAGUCUUCUGAAUAAUCCAAAUAAACGAGCAAUGAUGGAAAGAGCGAAUUCAAGGACCAGUAAUAGUUUGGCUGAAAUCCAAACUGAAAUUGAAAGGAUUUUUGAAUUAGCUCGAUCAAUGCAGCUCGUUGUUUUGGAUUGUGACACAAUUAAUCAUCCUUCUCAAUUAGCCAAAACAAGUCUCGCUCCAAUUCAUGUAUAUAUUAAAAUUUCCAGCCCUAAAGUCCUGCAAAGGCUGAUAAAAUCGCGAGGAAAAUCGCAAUCCAGGAAUAUGAAUGUACAAAUGGUGGCAGCUGAAAAGUUGGCACAAUGCCAGGCAGAACUGUUUGAUGUACUGCUUGACGAGAAUCAGUUGGAAGAUGCAUGUGAACAUUUGGCUGAUUUCAUGGAAGCUUAUUGGAGAGCAACACAUCCACCAGUCAGAUCUCCACCAAGAAUAAAGAGAAAUCCAAUGGAGAACCGAGGACCCAGCACACUAUUUACACCGGCUCAGAUGAUGCAGGGUUUCCAAGGAGGCGCUGGUCAAAUUCCACAGAUGCAACCGCAACAAUCAAUCGCGUCAAUGUCACAAAUGGGUCCAGGUCAAAUGGGAUCGAUGAAUCCACCGUAUUUGGCUCCACCAAUGCAAGGCGGUCGUCCAGGAAUGCCUAGUAUAAAUGUGCAACAAGCAACUGGAUCCUACGGUGGAAUUCAACAACAACAACCGAUGCAACACGCUCCUCCACCGGCACCACAACGACAAACAUCAUACGAUCGUCAUGGAUUCGAUGAAUAUGAUGAUAUGGAUAUGUCAACAAGACAAUAUGAAAGAGGUACCUAUCGAUAUUGA